AAACGACAAUCAGUUGUUUGGUUGAUUGUCGCUCAAGAGUGAAAUAUGAAUAGAGUUAAAUAUAAAUAUCAAUGAAAAAAGUUUAGUUGAAAUGAAUCGAAUUCUAAAUGUGUGCCACAGUGGAUUUCCACUGAUAAACACUCGUCUUUUCUGCCAAAGAGUUCCAUUAGUUUUCAAAGCACCGUCACGAUUUCUUUCUAAUCGUGUAGUCUUGGAUCCGAACACCAAUGUUGCAAAGGACGUGAUUCUCUACAAAUACGAAAAUCCUCGGUUUUUCAAAUUGAUCAACAUAUUUGCCAUUGUACAAUUUGGCUUUUGGAACUAUCUCAGUCACUUCAGUUACACAACCUUGAGAGAUGCACCUGUCCCACAGGAAGACACGGAAAAUCUAAGGUUCUGGGAGAGAAUAAACUUGGGAGAAAACAAAUACAGAAAUUCAAUUGCUGCAAUGUGCUUGUUUAUGGGAUGGGGAAUAUUGGCUGUUGCCUGGACAUUUACCCUGAGGUCUGUCAGAUACUUGGUUUUGAACAAAGGUGGAAACGCAAUAUCCUUUGUAACAUAUGCACCUUUCGGCGAAAAUAGAAUUAUGAAGGUUCCAAUCAAUUGCAUUUCUGCAGUCGAGUCGAGAGAGUUUGCAAAGGCCACAUUACCAAUCAAGGUGAAAAAUAGAGCUUUGUUUUAUGUUCUAGACAUGAAAGGAGAAUUCAGAAAUCCGGCGCUGUUUGACCAAACUGCAGGUUUGAGGAGAAAAUGGGCGAAAUAGAUAUUUUUGUAAUAUUCGAGUAGUAAAAAAACCUUUUACUUAAAAUAAAAUAUCAUGUCGGUUUUCAUCUUUUAAAUACAAAAUA